UUUUUUUUUUUUUUUUUGAACACCGUACAAGUCUUUAUCAAGGCGAUGUCAGGGGUUUCAGUUAUAACCUUUUUUAGGGUGGUGAAAUAUUCAAUAAAAUACAAUACAUACAUUAUUUAAGGGUAUUCAAAAUAAGAAGUCAUCUAUAAUAGAGUCUACAAAGCAUAGUUGACGAGAUAAAGAUGUGGUAGAUGAAUACGAAAUAAAACUAUUCUAGUCUCUGUAUCGUGACUGUUUGUGAGUGAUGAUUCCUUUUUAUGCAGAAGAACUUGGAAACAUUAAUGCAUUGCGUAUAACGUUAUCUGUUCCACCAACAUGUGAUGUUGCUAAAACAAUUGAAGUAAAAAAUAAUGUUUUAACCUUAGAUGGUAUAACAGUAGCUGAUCUUUCUUCUGUCAAUGUCCAAAUCUCAGCAGAUAAUCUUGUUGUUACUCGAGCAACUGAAACUAGUGAAGAUGGUUUAUUACCUUGGGAAAUAAAGUUGUCAUUAUUGCAAAGAUCUAAAAUAUUAAAGUCUGAGCAAACAGAGGUAAAGGAAUGGUGGACCUCCAAGCAAUUACUCAAACAACCGCAACAGAGACAAUUUCAAUGUAAACAUUGUAGUCAAGUACUUGUUGAUGCUUCCACUGAUUUUAAAAUAAAAGAUCUGCCUUCUGAACAUUGGUAUGAGUUAAUUGAAUGCUGGAUUUGCCAUGAAACUAAACCAGAAGAACAUCGUACACGUAUGAAACCUAUUUUAUCUCGUGCUGAUGUAAUAUUAGUGGGUACUACUUAUUUCUUGAUACAUCCAGAAAAUAUAAAAGCAGAUUCAAUUGAAGUAGAUCCUAUUGUUGCAAAACGAGUUAAUUGGGAACGAGGUACAUUAACAAAAUGGAUUGCAAUAAACUGUAGCUAUUGUAAAAAUGCUAUAGGUGAAGGACAAUAUUGUAUAGAAAAUAAUGAAGAACAACUGCUGGCAGUUAAAUUAUAUAAAUACUGUAUUCAAUUACAACCUACACUUGUUGAACAACCUACGUUUACAGAUUUUCUUGUUUCUGACUUGGUAAAUACAGCUAAAACACAUGCAACACAUCGAUUCUUGAUACAAGGUCAACAAAGUCAACACGCAUUUGUACUAAUAUGGUUAUUUAAUUGGGAUAUAAAUAUAAUUCAUAAUAAUGGAUACUCAAACGAUGAUUGUUGUAAAGAUGAUAAGCUGAGUCGAGAACGAGUGAUAAAAGUCAUUUAUUUAGACUGUAGAAAAGAAGAUGAAGACAGUAAAAAAUGCUUAAAAUUAUGGUUAAAUGAUAAAUCUACAGACCAUUUAAUAUAUCCUGACCGUGUAUGCGAUGAGUUGGUAAAUGAAUUAAAUCAAUCUAAUCUUAUUCUACCUUUUUAUAUGAGAAAAAUGAAUCAUCCAGCCAUGAUUUUUACGCCAAACUUCUCUAUUGGUUUUAUCAAGAAGAAAACUUAGAUAAUCAAGAUUGGAUAUGUUUAAAUUUAUAUAUAUGAAGUGUAUAUUUGUCAUUUUUUAUUUUAUGUGUCAUUUUUUAUUUUAUUUUAUUUUAUUUUUUUGCAUAAUUCCUCUGCUUUUUUUUUUCCCUUCCAGUUUGCUAUGAACACUUUAC